GGGUGAUUCAAGGUAACUAUCUUUUGUUUCAACCUUUAAACAGGUCAUAACGCGCAAUUUAAGAAAAAUGUCUUCAAUGGCGGAGGAUCCUCAGCUAGACCUUUUAAGCCAUAAGUUGCAACUUCAACAGGUUGAAGCGGCUCUUGAGCUAGACCGAGAUAAUGAAGACCUUCUACAUCUUAAACGGGAUCUGGAGGAAGUAAUUAAAUUGUCGCUCGAAUUGUUGGGUAAAUCAGCUGAUACUCCGGAGGUAGCAUGGAAUGUGGGCGAUCAGUGCAUGGCCAUGUGUUCUCGGGACAAAUUAUAUUACCGUGCUACAAUUCUCGAGUUCCUUGGGGAUACCAGUUGUGUGGUAAAUUUCGAUAUGUACGAUACUACAGAUGUGUGUCAGCUCUGCCACCUUAAACCUGUCACUACGGUCACACCAGUUGUAAAAAGAAAAAGCAUGACACAAAAAAUCGAGCUAUCGAGAAAAAAAAGAUAAAAAAACAACGCAUUCUUCAGAAGGAGGAAGAGAUUGAGUCGUUUUGUGAGAAGGAAAAAAACCGAUGGCUUACUUUCAGCAAAAAGAUGAUCAAGACAGGAAAGACUAAAAAAAGCAUAUUUGCUUCUCCCGAGGCUUUGGACGGCCGCGUGGGCGUUGGAACUUGUGGCAUUGGUGGGAAACCAAUGACGAAAUAUACUAUCUUGAGUAAUACCGCCAAAAAACAAUGAGUUUGUGGGCUUUGUACAUAAUGUAAAUAUAUCAACUUCCUUUACUU